GCACCACGUACGGCAUCACGUAUCGCGAUGCUCUGCUGCGUGUCGAGGAAGGCGGCGGCCGGCGCCGACGGUGACCUGCCGCGCUUCGUCGAGGACGAGGCGCUGAGGACGCUCGACGAGGCGGUACUCGACGUCGUCGCCGUCGCCAGCAGCUUCGCCAGCUUUCGUGGCCUCGAGACGCUGCCCGAGGAGUCGCCCGACUGCUACCGAGCUGGCCGCCCGGUCCCCGUAAUCGCCCUAGCACCCGAUGCGCAGCAGGAAGCGCUGCUGCCUUGUGGCGUAUGCCAUCGGAAGUUUAAUCCUCGCUCGUUCGAUAAGCACGUGAAAAUCUGCGAGAGGGCGACGACGAAGAAGCGCAAGCCCUUCGACUCCGCGCGACAGCGGAUCCAGGGCACGGAGCUCGCCGAGUUCCUGCCGAAGCAACAACAGCAUCAUCACCACUAUCAGCACUCGGAGUCGCGCCGUCCCAGUGGAAACCACCACGAGGACAGGUCCUGCAAGAAGCCAGGCAAUGCCUGGAAGCAGACGCGCGACGAGUUUCUCAGGGCGAUACGUACCGCACGUGGACACAAUGUGCUGAGCUCGUCGUCCUUGCAACACCAUCAUCACCACCAUCACCAGCAGCAGCAGCAGCAGCAGCAGCAGCAGCAGCAACAGCAGCAACAACAACAACAGCCAACAUCAACAUCAAUACCACAGCAACAUCACCAUCAUCACGGGGUCCAGGGUGCGCAGCAGCGGCCGUCGACCCUCUCUCUGGUGACGUCGUUGGGGGCGCCGAUGCGCUCGAACGAGAAGGGCCAGUGUCCAACUUGCCAGCGCCAGUUCGGCGUCAAAUCCUACGAGCGUCACGUCGCCUUCUGCAAGGAGCGCUCGACGAGGCUUCCCGCCAGUCCUCAGACCAACAACAACGUCGCCAAGGAGAGACUCGAAGCCCGCAUGAGGUACCGCGCGCCCAUCUUGCGCAACAGGCGGACCAUCAAUCGGGAAAAGUAUUCGCCCGGCAUUCCGAAGUCGGUAGUGCAGUCGCCCCUCAUGCCCAGGGCUCCGAUCAAGGAGUCCAGCUCCGUUGCCACCAAGAGCAACGACAGCAGCGCCAGUCCCAAGCUACCUGUCCUGAAACGUCCGGGAAAGACGAACAAGGAGUUGCCGACUGCGAGCAGUGGUCCAUUGAAAUCACGACCGAUCGAUCGUUCAAACAGUGGUAUCAGUAAGGACUACGACCCGUUCCUCUUGGCCGAGCAACAGCUGAACGACCUCUUCUCGGACACGAGUGACCAAUCGUCCACCGACGGCUCCUCGAUCUGCCCCCCGCGCAAAUCCUCCUCCAGUCCCAAUAACCCCCUCUCUCAUUCCUCAGCAUUCGCUAAAUAUCCAGGCGGCGUUCAGCCGACAUCCUCGUGCAUCCAGACCCAGCAUCAGCCGCAGUCCCAGCAAUCCCAGUCUCAGCCUCAGUCUCAGUCUCAGUCUCAGUCUCAGUCUCAGUCUCAGUCCCAAGCGCAGCAACAGCAUCAGCAUCAGCAACGGGGCUCUCUGAUAGCACCCCCGACGGGCUUCGACGAUCAGGCAUCCUCGGACUUGUCGAGCGACUGCGGCGAGAGUCACUCGCGCGAGCCUCCGAGCUCCUCGUCGGCCUCGAACUCGCUUGGCGGCCACGUGCUGGGCCGGCGGCUUAUAAUCGAUCAGAGCCAGGCGCUGGGCGGCGGUGAGUUCGCUCCGGAACAGCGGCCCUCGCGGAUCAGCAACGCCACGAGGCCCGGGCCCGGCCGCCCAGGUCCCAAGCCACCCGAGAGGAAGAUCUCGAGUAGCUCCUCCUCGGGUAGCUCGGACUUUUCGCGCGGCUGCAAGCCCAGGGCCUCGCUGAGCAACGGCACGGCCCAGCCGCGAGCCGGAAGCGACUUCAAGAGCCUCAACGGCAGCAACCUCAGCUUGAGCUCCAUCGUGUCCAGCACGGAUAUGGAGAUCAAGCGCUCGAACUCGCUGUUGGACGAGCUCCUGAGCACGUUCGAGGACGAGGGGAGCUCGACCCCGACUCUGCCCUCCCUCAUGACCCUCGUGAGAAACGACACGUCGCUCUCUUUAUUGUCUAGCGUGUCCCAGUCACAGAACGGCGUCAACGGACAUCAGCAGCGGGCCCCGACCAACGGCAGGAUCAACUGCAGCGACGACGACGGUGACUCGUCCUCACCCGAGAGCAUCAAGAGGCAGGGCUGCGGUAGCAAACUCAACGCCGACUCCGCUUACAGCAGUCUGAAUCGCAAACAAUCGAGCCACGGACGCAGCGCAAACGAGUUGAACAGCAGCAAAUUCAAGAUGUCGAAAUUCUGCCACGAGUGCGGCUUCAAGUUCCCGGAUUUGGCUAAGUUCUGCUGCGAGUGCGGCGUCAAGAGACUCACCCUCUGAUAUUCCGUCCUCCGGAGCUUUCUGCCAGCGAUUCCUAC